AUAGCAACGUAGCUGUUAUCAGGCAGCGUAUAGAAAAACAAGUGUUCGUUCACUUAUACAUCGACUAGACGAUUAAAAAUUAAAAUAUAAGAAUAAAUAUAUUAGUGUGUUUAUAAAUAAAUGAUUCGUUUUCUAAGAAUGAACUAUCAUACCAGUAGUUUCUCCAAACUUUGACAAGCCCAUAAUACUAAUGACGUUUACACUGAUGCAGCCAAUCGGAUUUGUCCUUGCUUCAAGCAGGUGGUUGUACUUUCUUAACUGCGUGAUUCGUCUUUAAUCCAAUUGUUAUUUCCGAAGGAAAUAAUAACGUGUGCGGUGCAAUACUUAAUGUGAUUAGGUGACAUUUCAAAGUGUCCCGCAAGUAAAGCGGGCACGUGUUCUACUGUUAAGGUAAAUACUAAUGUCACGAUAAAUGCUUUCACAAUGGAAAAAGAAGUGAAAGGCUUAGUGAAGCAGCAACUUGACUAUUCGAAAAUGACAGACCCGCAGGAACUAAGAGAACUUUGGUUUACAAUUCCUGGGUUAGAAGAAAAAAAGAAGAUAAGAAGACGUAUGUAUGAACUGAAAAAUCAGAGAAUCUUGCAAGAAACGGGAGGCUCGGGUGAAGGGAUUUCUAGUCGAUACGGCCGUCAACACCAGGCACAGAUUGCAGAAUCUGAGAACAAGGAAAAUGUCACGUGCGAGUCCAAACACAGAAAGUCUAGUUCUACGUCUGGAGACGACCACACUAGAAGUGAUAUUUCUUAUUUACAAUCAGAAGGCGAGCUUGCAGUAUCGGAGAACACGAGUAAAACAUCAAAAGAACAUAUUUCUCUACCGCUACCAUCUAGUGAGAGGAAUCCAAAACACGAAAAUUAUCAAUUAAUUCCUCUAGAGACGAAUAUUCCUUUAGCUAAAAUGAGUAUUUCUGAUCAACCAGACUACUCUAGUAGUUACACAGUGUUUUUGGACAAACGAAGGCGUUGUUCGUUAGUGCAUCAAGAGUUUUCGUUGGAACACAGCUUAUAUAUGGCCAAAAUAAACAGUUCUUCGGAAUCCCGCCAACAGGUUUCAGAAAAUAGCUCUUCUGUUAAGGGUGACGGUAAUCGGACAGAUAUAGCUCCUGGUAAAAAUGGGGGUCCGUUAACCAAUAACAAAGGACGUAAUAAUGGUGAUAUUAGAAAAAAACAAAACCUUAAUCAAGUUGAUGAUGCUUUGGAUUUAAUCGGAAAUGAUGAGAACGCUAAUUUCGUUGAGCUGAACAAAGGUACUGGUGAAAAUCAGUCAGUUUCAGUAACAAUCACACUUAAAAACAACCAGUUGUUCUUAGAAGAAGGUUUGUGUGUUGCUGCUGGGGAGAAUGAGGCUUAUGUAGGUAAUAAAGUCACCAAUGAUAUCAGUAGGACUGAAGACACUAUAUCUUCUACCAAUAAAGAGCACAGUUAUUCAAAAGACGAUAACAUAAACUUUCUGGUAGAUAGAAACGAUUGGAAAGUGAGACUCAAACCAUUAACCACACACAGGAAAGAAGUUUCAACUCUGGAUCCAAGUAUUAGGACAGAGAGGAAUGUCCGAUCAGAUCUUAGUAAGCGUAAUUCAGUUGUUGUACCAACCACAACAAAUAACCAGCCGUCGAUCUCAUGUGAGGGAGGUAGAGAACAACUGGAGGACAAGAUAGCUCAACAUGCUGAUAUGGGUGAUGCAACAACUGGCGUGAUGUUGUCUGGUUUAGAUCCUAAACACAUUAAAGUUAGCAGUAACUAUGAGAUUCAGCUCACGAGACAUUCUGAUGGCGCGCGUUUUCCUUCUACGGGCAGAUCUGAGAGUCAUCGCCUAACUAGCGAAAACCAAUCAAUAAAUCGUAUUCCAAAUUGUACUAAAUUGCAGACCCGAGAAACAAAUUCCAUUUGUGAAAAACGGGAACCAAGUGAAUUGAAGAAUGAACGUUUUGGAAAUAAAACCCAACUUUCAUUACGAACUUGUAGAGAACAAGUAUCUUGUAAUAAAAUCAUGCCUUUAACGUCUUCGCAAAAUAAAACUGCCAACCUUGAUAUUCGACACAAUGUCCAAAAUUUUCCCGUUAGUUCCCUCGAAACUAAAACUUCGCACUCUGGAGGUAAUAUAUCUAAAGUUGGAGAGUUGUCUAAGAAGUUUUUAAAAGCGUCAUCUACACCAAAUGAACCAUUGGCAACACCUUACUGCCCGAACAAUAGAGUAUUUGUGACGAGGAAUAUAAUUGGUUUAGCCGAGAAAUUCCAACAGGGACACAACAAAUCAACAAGUUUGGACCAAAACCAUAGACUAACGUUUCCGGACAAUAAAAACCAAGAGACGAAAGAGAAACAAGAGUUUAGUUUUUUGAUUGGGGGAAGAAGUACUUCCUCCCUUUACCAUGGAAACAGCAUCUCCCAGAAAUUGAAUAAAACAGAACUCGUCUUUAAACCAACCCCCAGGGUAAAAGAAACAAAGUGUUCGGAUUCUUUCAAAGUAAAACUAACCAAGAAUCGUGGAGGAUACGUUGCGUCCUCUGGUUGUUCCUCGCGUGAAAUCGGUCUACAAAAAGGGAUAGAGACCCUUGACCCGUAUAAAGCAGUGACCGAUAACUUAGAAGACGUUAAUAAGACAGCUCACGGACAGUGUAAGGGCAGUAACGUAAAGAAGGCCAAAGACACAGUUGUAGAGAAGUGUUUUCAGGGGCUAGGGGCGAGAAGAGAGAGCAUGGAGCGACAAAAGAAACAAACCGAGUGCACGAAAGACUCUAAUGAGAACCAGGAAUGUAAGGUAC